GGCUCGAAACCAAAGAUGCGCGUUCUCGUUUAUAAACUUCUGACGCCUUCAUCCGGGAAUCUGAUGCGAACUCGCUCUCCAACAUGGCGGCGGCAGCUAAGAAAAAGGGCAAUAAGAAGGGGAAGACUCUGACCCUCACUGACUUCCUCGCAGAGGACAGUGGGAGUGGGGGCAACGCUCCACCACCGCAACCCAGCUACGCCAAGUCCACCAGCUGGGCUGAUGAGACCGAUGACAUGGAAGGAGAUGUGUCCACCUCCUGGCACACAGGGGAGGACAGUUACCGGGCCCCCGCAAUAGACCGUAACAUCCUGCCCACAGCUCCACGGUCGUCCCGUGAGCCCGAUGUGGACCGCUCACGCCUCCCCCGUAGCCCCCCCUACACUGCCUUCCUGGGCAACCUGCCUUACGACGUCUCAGAGGAAUCUAUCAAGGACUUCUUCCGGGGCCUAGCGAUCAGUGCGGUGCGCUUGCCACGGGAGCCCAGUAACCCAGAGAGGCAGAAGGGCUUUGGCUACGCAGAGUUUGACGACGUGGACUCCCUCUUGAGGGCGCUGACUCUCAACGAGGAGAACCUGGGAAACCGCAGGAUCCGGGUGGAUAUUGCAGAUCAGUCCAACGACAAAGAGGGGAGAGACAAUGGUCAGAUGGGUGGACGAGACCGGAUGGGCCGCAUGGGAGACAUGGCAGGCCCCGACAAGACAGACAGUGAUGACUGGAGGGCCCGGCCUGCUGCAGACGCCGACGAUGGACCCCCAAAGAGAGAGGAAUCCGCCUUUGGGUCACGCGACCGCUACGGAGACCGUGACGGGCUGCGAAGGGACAACGACCGCGGCUUCGGCGGCGACCGGGACCGCGGCUUUGGCGGCAGAGACCGCUAUGACGACCGGGGAGGUGAGAACGGAGCCUUUGGCUCUCGCAGGGAUAGGGAUGACGGCGGGCGACGUGCCUUCGGCAGUGGGUACCGCCGUGACGAUGACUUUCAGAGUGGCGGAGGUGGUGGUAGCCGCUAUGGGGCCCGGGAUCGCUAUGGCGGAGACCGGGAGGGCCGGUACGAGAGGCAGGACGAAGGGCGUGAGGAGAGAGGUGAGGGUGGUCCAACCGAGAGGCCCAAGUUGGUCCUGAAGCCGCGCGGCAUGGCCGAGGAGCAGCAGGCCGGCAGCGGUGGGGCUCCCCCAGCUGCUCCGGCAGCCGCCCGCAGCUCUGGUCGAGCCUCCAUCUUCGGAGCGGCCAAGCCCGUGGACACAGCGGCUAAGGAGCGGGAGGUGGAGGAGAAGCUCCAGAGGCAGCUGGAAGAGGACAAGUCCAAGGGCUUCGAUAGGAAACCUCGCGACAGAGACAGGGACCCAAGCUGGAGGAAUGAGGAGCCACCUUCUGAGCGUUCCCGCACAGGAAGUGAGUCAUCACAUCCAGGAAGUACCUCUGGAGGGAGAGCCUCACGGCGCAGAGAGAGCGAGCGCUCAGUGGAGAACGAAGUAUUCAGUGGUAAGGAGGACGACCCUCCCUCUCCCGGGUCUCGCCCCUCUUCCGCCAACUCUUCCACCUUCUCCUCCAAGGAGCCCCUCAAGGUGAUGCCUGCACCGCCACCUAAGGAGAAUGCCUGGGUCAAGCGGCCUGCGUUGAGUACCGGGUCCAGCGAGGGAUGCGCCCCRAUCUCCACCAGUGACACGGCACCUCCCAAACUGAGGUCAGAACAUGUUCUUAUACGUCUUCUAUAUUGUAUAGCAUCUCUGGAGAAUGAAGUGGCCAAUUAUGUCUCAUAGUGACGUCACAUCCAU